AUGGCUCCCGAGUCCACAAACGGCGCCAACGGCCACGCGUCAUACGCUGAGAAGCAUAGCAUUGCUCCUCACUUCAUCGGCGGCAACCGUCUGGCCAAUGCCCCCGCGAGCAAGGUCAAGGACUUUGUAGCCGAACAUGACGGCCACACUGUCAUCACAAACGUCCUCAUCGCCAACAACGGUAUCGCCGCCGUCAAGGAGAUCCGAUCCGUCCGAAAAUGGGCUUACGAAGUGUUCGGCGACGAGCGCGCCAUCCACUUCACCGUCAUGGCCACCCCCGAGGAUUUACAAGCCAACGCUGACUACAUUCGCAUGGCUGACCACUAUGUCGAAGUCCCCGGAGGCACCAACAACCACAACUACGCCAACGUCGAGCUCAUUGUCGACAUUGCCGAGCGCAUGAACGUUCAUGCUGUUUGGGCUGGAUGGGGCCAUGCUUCCGAGAACCCCAAGCUUCCCGAGUCUCUGGCCGCUUCCCCCAAGAAGAUUGUCUUCAUUGGACCCCCCGGCUCUGCCAUGCGCUCCCUGGGUGACAAGAUUUCCUCCACAAUCGUCGCCCAGCACGCCUCCGUACCCUGUAUUCCCUGGUCCGGUACCGGCGUUGACCAGGUCGAGGUCGACAACAAGGGCAUCGUCACCGUCUCCGACGACGUCUACGCCAAGGGCUGCGUCACCUCCUGGCAAGAAGGUCUGCAAAAGGCCAAGGAGAUUGGCUUCCCUAUCAUGGUCAAGGCGUCCGAGGGCGGUGGCGGCAAGGGUAUCCGAAAGGUCACCAAUGAGGAGGAGUUUGAGUCUCUAUACAAGGCCGCCGCCAGCGAGAUUCCCGGCUCGCCAAUCUUCAUCAUGAAGCUCGCCGGCAACGCCAGACACUUGGAGGUCCAGCUUCUCGCCGAUCAGUACGGCAACAACAUCUCCCUCUUUGGCCGUGAUUGCUCCGUCCAGCGUCGCCACCAAAAGAUUAUCGAGGAGGCUCCAGUCACCAUUGCCAACCCCAGCACCUUCAAGGCCAUGGAGAACGCCGCUGUCCGUCUCGGAAAGCUCGUCGGCUACGUCUCCGCCGGUACCGUCGAGUACCUUUACUCUCACGCCGACGACAAGUUCUACUUCCUCGAGCUCAACCCCCGUCUCCAGGUCGAGCAUCCCACCACCGAAAUGGUUACCGGUGUCAACCUGCCCGCCGCCCAGCUCCAGAUUGCCAUGGGUCUGCCCCUCCACAGAAUCCGUGAUAUUCGUCUGCUCUACGGCGUCGACACCAAGGCCACCACCGAGAUCGACUUCAACUUUGAGAACGAAGGUGCCGGCGAGAUUCAGCGUCGUCCUAAGCCCCGCGGCCACACCACUGCCUGCCGAAUCACCUCUGAGGAUCCCGGUGAGGGCUUCAAGCCUUCCAAUGGUGUGCUGCACGACCUGAACUUCCGCUCCUCCUCCAACGUCUGGGGUUACUUCUCCGUCGGUACCCAGGGUGGUAUCCACUCCUUCUCCGACUCUCAGUUCGGUCACAUCUUCGCCUACGGUGAGAACCGAGCCGCCUCGAGAAAACACAUGGUUGUCGCCCUGAAGGAGCUGAGCAUUCGCGGUGACUUCAGAACCACCGUCGAGUACCUCAUCAAGCUGCUUGAGACCGAGGACUUUGAGGACAACACAAUCUCCACCGGCUGGCUCGACGAGCUCAUCUCCAAACGCCUGACUGCUGAGCGUCCCGACACCAUGCUCGCCGUCAUCUGUGGUGCCACCACCAAGGCUCACAUUGCCUCGGAGGCUUGCAUGGCCGAGUACCGCGCCGGUCUCGAAAAGGGUCAGGUUCCCUCCAAGGACAUUCUGCGCACCGUCUUCAACAUCGACUUCAUCUACGAAGGCUUCCGCUACAAGUUUACUGCUACCCGCUCCAGUGUGGACAGCUACAACUUGUUCAUCAACGGUUCCAAGUGCUCUGUCGGUGUCCGUGCUCUCUCCGACGGUGGCCUGCUGAUUCUGCUCGACGGUCACUCCCACAACGUUUACUGGAAGGAGGAAGUUGGUGCCACUCGUAUGUCCGUCGACAGCAAGACUUGUCUGCUUGAGCAGGAAAACGACCCUACACAGCUGCGUACUCCCAGUCCUGGUAAGCUUGUCAAGUACACCGUCGAGAACGGUGCCCACCUCAAGGCUGGCGCCACUUACGCCGAGGUCGAGGUCAUGAAGAUGUACAUGCCCCUGGUUGCUCAGGAGGACGGUAUUGUCCAGCUCAUGAAGCAGCCCGGUGCCACGCUCGAGGCUGGUGACAUUCUCGGAAUAUUAGCCCUCGAUGACCCCAGCCGCGUUAAGCAGGCCCAGAGCUUCGUCGACAAGCUGCCCCUCUAUGGUGAGCCCGUUGUUCUUGGUGCCAAGCCUGCUCAGCGCUUCCAGCUCCUCCACAACAUCAUCAACAACAUUCUGCUCGGUUAUGACAACUCGGUCGUCAUGCAGGCCACCCUCAAGGAGCUCAUUGAGGUCCUUCGCAACCCCGAGCUGCCCUACAGCGAGUGGAACGCCCAGUUCUCUGCUCUGCACUCCAGAAUGCCCCAGAAGCUGGACGCGCAGUUUGGUCAGAUUGUUGAGCGUGCCAAGACCCGCAACACCGAGUUCCCUGCCCGCCCUCUGCAAAAGGCCUUUGCCAAGUUCAUUGAGGAGAAUGUUGCCGCUGCUGAUGCCGACCUGCUCCGCAGCACCCUGGCUCCCUUGACGCACAUUUUGGAGAUUUAUGCCGACGGCCAGAAGGUUCGCGAGCUCAACCUCAUCUGUGGUCUGCUCGAGUCCUUCUGCGAUAUUGAGGGUCUCUUCCGCGGCAGCGGCCAGGAGGAGAACGUCAUUCUUCAGCUUCGUGAACAGAACAAGGAGAACAUCAACAAGGUCGUCCACACUGCUCUCUCUCACAGCCGUGUCAGCGCCAAGUCGUCGCUCAUCCUCGCCAUCCUCGACGAGUACCGCCCCAACAAGCCCAAUGUCGGCAAUGUUGGCAAGUACCUGCGCGAUACCCUUCGCAAGCUUACUGAGCUUACCUCGCGCACUACUUCCAAGGUCUCCCUGAAGGCUCGUGAGAUUAUGAUCCAGUGCGCUCUGCCUUCUCUCGAGGAGCGUACCUCGCAGAUGGAGCACAUUCUCCGCUCCUCUGUCAUCGAGUCUCGCUACGGCGAGAGCGGUUGGGACCACCGUGAGCCUAACCUUGAUGUCAUCAAGGAGGUUGUCGACUCCAAGUACACCGUCUUUGACGUGCUAACCCUGUUCUUCGGUAACGAGGACCCCUGGGUGUCGGUUGCUUCGCUCGAAGUUUACAUUCGCCGCGCGUACCGUGCCUACAUCCUCAACAAGGUCAACUACCACUCUGAUGAAAGCGACAACCCCCAGUUCAUCUCGUGGGACUUCAAGCUGCGCAAGCUUGGUGAGGCUGAGUUUGGCCUCCCUAUUCAGUCUGCCGCUCCUUCUGCCCCGGGCACUCCUCUCGGCAACGAACUUGGUACUAAGCGCAUCUACUCCAUCAGUGAUAUGUCGUACCUUGAUGCCAAGAUCAGCGAUGAGCCUAACCGCAUCGGUGUCAUUGUUCCUUGCAAGUACAUUGAUGAGGCCGAUGACCUUCUCCAAAAGGCCCUUGAGACCAUUGCCUACCAGCACAAGCAGAGCCGCCAGACCACAGCUUCUGGCCUUAUUGCUGACCUCAGCGGCAAGCGCAAGCCUGCUCAACCUAGUACUCCCCGUGGCUCUUCGGAUGACCUCAGCGCCGUCAUCAACAUUGCUGUCCGUGAUGCCGAGAGCCAGGACGACGAGGAGACCCUUGCCCGCAUCCGGCCCAUUGUUGCUCAGUUCAAGGAUGAGCUCCUUGCCCGUGGUGUGCGCCGCCUGACCUUCAUCUGCGGCCACAGCGACGGCUCGUACCCCGGCUACUACACGUUCCGCGGACCUCUCUACGAGGAAGACGACAGCAUCCGUCACAGCGAGCCUGCUCUUGCGUUCCAGCUUGAGCUUGCUCGUCUGUCCAAGUUCAACAUCAAGCCCGUCUUCACCGAGAACAAGAACAUCCACGUGUACCAGGGUGUCGGCAAGGCCGCCGAUUCGGACAAGCGCUACUUCACUCGUGCUGUCAUUCGUCCUGGUCGUCUCCGUGACGAGAUUCCGACGGCCGAGUACCUCAUCUCCGAGGCGGAUCGCGUUGUCAAUGACAUUUUCGACGCUCUUGAGAUCAUUGGCAGCAACAACACGGACAUGAACCACAUCUUCAUGAACUUUAGCCCCGUGUUCCAGCUUUCUCCCUCGGAGGUUGAGCACAGCCUCCAGGGCUUCCUUGACCGCUUCGGUGCCCGUGGCUGGAGGCUGCGUGUUUCCAACGUCGAGAUUCGCAUCAUCUGCACUGACCCCAAGACUGGCCUGCCCUACCCUCUGCGUAUCGGCAUCACCAACACCUCUGGUUACGUCGUUGAUGUCGACUUGUACGCUGAGCGCAAGUCGGAGAAGGGCGAAUGGGUCUUCCACAGCAUUGGCGGCACCAAGGAGAAGGGUCCUAUGCAUCUCCUGCCUGUCAACACCCCGUAUGCCACCAAGAACUGGGACCAGCCCAAGCGUUACAAGGCCCAUCUCAUGGGUACUCAGUACGUCUACGACUUCCCCGAGCUCUUCCGCCAGGCCAUCCAGAACAGCUGGGUCAAGGCCGUUAAGAGCCAGCCUGGUCUGGCUGCCCACCAGCCUAAGACUGGAGACUGCAUUUCCUUCACCGAGCUGGUUCUGGAUGACAAGGACAACCUGGACGAGGUGAACCGUGAGCCCGGCACCAACAAGUGCGGUAUGGUUGGUUGGCUCAUCCGCGCUCGUACUCCCGAGUACCCCAACGGCCGUCGCUUCAUUGUCGUUGCCAACGACAUCACUUACAUGAUUGGUUCAUUCGGUCCCAAGGAAGAUAACUUCUUCCACAAGUGUACCGAGCUGGCUCGCAAGCUUGGCAUUCCUCGCAUCUACCUGUCGGCCAACUCCGGUGCUCGUCUCGGCCUCGCCAACGAGCUGAUGCCUCACUUCAAGGUCGCCUGGAACGACGUGACCAAGCAGGACAAGGGUUUCCGUUACCUGUACCUCGACCAGGCUGGCAAGGACCGCUUCAAGAACGAUGUCAUCACCGAGGAGAUUUCCGAGGCAGGUGAGAAGCGCCACCGCAUCGUCACCAUUGUUGGCCAAGAGGAUGGCCUCGGUGUUGAGUGUCUGCGUGGCUCUGGCCUGAUUGCCGGCGCCACCAGCCGUGCUUACAACGACAUCUUCACCGUGACCCUGGUUACCUGCCGUUCCGUCGGUAUUGGUGCCUACCUCGUCCGUCUUGGUCAGCGUGCUGUCCAGGUCGAGGGCCAGCCGAUCAUCCUGACUGGUGCUCCUGCCCUGAACAACCUGCUUGGUCGCGAGGUCUACACGUCCAACCUGCAGCUUGGUGGCACUCAGAUCAUGUACCGCAACGGUGUCUCUCACAUGACUGCCAACGACGAUUUUGAGGGUGUUUCGCGGAUUGUUGAGUGGAUGUCCUACGUCCCCGAGAAGCGCAACGCUCCCAUCCCUGUCAGCCCCAGCACCGACGGCUGGGACCGUGAUGUCAUUUACUGCCCUCCCCAGAAGCAGCCGUACGAUGUCCGCUGGAUGAUUGCCGGUAAGCAGGACGAGACUGGUUUCCAGAGCGGUCUCUUCGACAAGGACUCGUUUGUUGAGACCCUGGGAGGCUGGGCCCGCACGGUUGUCGUCGGCCGUGCCCGUCUUGGCGGCAUCCCCAUGGGUGUCAUUGCUGUCGAGACUCGUAGUGUCGAGAACACUACGCCCGCUGACCCCGCCAACCCUGACUCGAUCGAGCAGGUCAGCAACGAGGCUGGUGGUGUGUGGUACCCCAACUCUGCGUUCAAGACUGCGCAGGCCAUCAACGACUUCAACAAUGGUGAGCAGCUGCCACUGAUGAUUCUCGCCAACUGGCGUGGUUUCUCUGGUGGUCAGCGUGACAUGUACAACGAGGUACUCAAGUACGGUUCGUUCAUCGUCGACGCCCUCGUCAAGUACGAGCAGCCCAUCUUUGUUUACAUUCCUCCUCACGGCGAGCUUCGUGGUGGUUCUUGGGUCGUUGUUGAUCCCACCAUCAACCCCACUGUGAUGGAGAUGUACGCCGACGAGGAGGCCCGCGGUGGUGUGCUGGAGCCCGAGGGUAUCAUUGGCAUCAAGUACCGCAAGGACAAGCAGCUUGAGACGAUGGCGCGCAUGGACGAGACGUACGCGCAGCUGAAGAAGAACCUGGCGGAUGCCAACACCUCCAAGGAGGAGGCGGAGGAGAUUAAGAACAAGAUGGCCGCACGCGAGCGCCAGCUGCUCCCUGUGUACUCGCAGAUUGCCAUCCAGUUUGCCGAUCUCCACGACCGCGCGGGCCGCAUGAAGGCCAAGGGCACGAUCCGGGAGGUGCUGGAGUGGUCCAACGCUCGCCGGUUCUUCUACUGGCGCGUGCGCCGCCGCCUCAGCGAAGAGUACAUGCUGCGCCACAUGUCGAGCAGCACGCUGACGGCGAGCCAGAAGGAGUCGGUCGCCAAGGCCAACGCGGCGCGCGAGCGCAACCUGGAGCUCCUCAAGAGCUGGUCGGGCAUCGCGUCGUGGGACAAGGAUGACCAGGCGGUUGCGGAGUGGUACGAGAAGGAGCGCCGGACGAUUGGCGAGAAGGUCGAGGCGCUCAAGGCGGAGAAGCUGUCGGGCGAGCUGGCCGAGGUGGUGCGCCGCAACAAGGAGGCGGGCUUCAAGGGGAUUCGGGAGGUUCUCCGGGUCAUGCCUCUGGAGGAGCGUGAUGUGAUCUUGAAGUUCCUGAAGGAGUAA